AUGUUGGUCCUGGCACUCCUUUUUGGAGUGGCACCAGGUGCCGAAAAUGCACGGAUUUCGGCAGAAACACCUGUAGACUUUUCCAUUCAGUUAUGCUCACAUCAGAGGCAUCACAUCUAUGGACAUAUGCAGUAUCUGCCACAACCACCUCGAUAUUGCGUGGCUAUGAAGUCAUCAAAAGCUCAACGAGAUUUGGUUAGAGAUCAACAAAGUACAGUAUCUAUCAAAUCGAAUGUGCUGUUUACUUGGAGACAAGUCACAAGUGCUCAACAGUGUCGGUUCGGGUUCAAGGGCUAUCAAGGUGAAUAUCGUUUGGCACCAGAUUUUGGAGCUUACGAGGAAUGUCAGUACUCAUUGUCACGACACACUCAUGCCUUAUCCGAGGUUCUCGCAAAAGGAGGUCCACUCAGCAAAUCUUUGAAAUUCAACUCUUCCAAUCCAGAUUGUCCUAUCAAUGAGUUACCGACUACUUACGCGGACUACGUCUCCUGCUCACUGAACGCGAAUGAAUGGUACAUCCUUGACUGGCAUUCGUCUAUACGUUAUGAAACCUAUCAUAAUGGAGUUUAUGGAGCUUAUUACGCCAAUCAUUCGACGUCGUUCGUAUUCCAGCCAACUGAUGAGCUCCAGCGAAAUGGUAGUGAAGCCGUAUGGCUAGCACGGUUGUUGCAUCUGGAAACAAAGACCAAUGGUUGUGACCAAGCCUCAGUCCUCGCUCGAUUUGACGAAUACUGGCCGUAUUCGUCAUCUGUGGAUCUUCACUAUUUUAUUCGCGAUGGUCGACGAAUUCUGUACGAAGGGCACCUGGUGACGACAAGCGUCGAACGUUGGCUUCAAUACGAUUUCGCGCUUCGACCGCAGCCAGGUGUACACGAAAUCUGUGCACAGAUCAUCGGUCUACCACAUAUUCGCCAUCGCGUUUGCCAUGUUGUCGUGGAUCGACUUGAAUGUCCCUUUCCAGCAAACAGUCCUGCCUCGACAUUACCCCCUACCGUAAUCUACCUUGCCGCAUUUAUGUUUUUCCAUUUGAUAAACUGA